GCUGUGGCGCGGCGGCGGCGGCAGCGCGAGCGGCCAUGGCCCGCUGGGGCCCCGCUCAGGAGCCCGAGUGGGGGCCCGAGGCCUGGCAGCCGCUCCCGCCGCAGCCCCACGGCCACGGCCCCCUCCCCGGCCACGGGCCCGGCCCCGAGGGGGACAAGGCAGCGGCGGUGGUUCCCGAGAUCUCGCUGUGGACGGUGGUGGCGGCGGUGCAGGCGGUGGAGAGGAAGGUGGAGUCGCAGGCCCUGAGGUUGCUGAGCCUGGAGGGGAGAGCGGAGACGGCCGAGAAGAAGGUGACGGGGCUGGAGAAAGCGGUGCUGGAUUUCGGCAGUCGGCUGGAGCGCAAGUGGGCCGCCCUGGCCGCCCUGGUGCAGGAGAACACGCGGCGGCUGGAGCACGUCGAGCGCCAGCUCCAGCACCGCAGCCGCUGGGCACACAGGCCCGGCCCAGGCGCCGGCGGGGACGAGCCCAAGGUGCCAGCGGCGUGCGAGGAUGAUGCGGCCAGUUUGCCGGAGCAGGAGUGGGGGAGCUUGGACAGCCGGCAGAAGGAGCUCUGCAGGAUCAUGAUGAAGGGGAAUUACGAGGCUGUGGUCUCUCUGGGGCCUGGGGAUGCCAGCUCCAAACCCGCUCUGCUGCCACUGGCCAAUGAUGGGGAGGAUUUGGGUACGAGGACCCAUGGGCUGCCGGAGAAGGGAGCUGUGUUGGGGCACCUCGGUGGCGGUGAGAAGAUUGUGAUCAAGACAGAAGAGCAGCAGCCCCAGGAGGAAGGAUCUGAAAUCCUGGCUCUGCCGCAGGCACCCGCAGUGAGACUGGACAAGGAGGUUCCCCUGAGCCAGGAGCAGCCAGUGCCCUGGGAGAGCCACGCUGGCUUGGACGAGCAGAAGGCAGCAGCAGAGGGCUUAGGGGAGUUUUGCAAACAUGGGACCACCCAGCCUGAAUUUAAGCCCGUGGUGGUGCCGGUGGAAGCUCAUCCUGCCCCGGGCUUGCCCUUCCCAACAGAGCAUGUGCUCGGCGUGGGGACUGACCAGCCGUUCGCCCUGCCCCAGGGAAUGCCGCUGGGAGAAGACACCACUGCAGAGGUGGCCUCGUCACAGCCCAGCUUGGAGGAGCAUCGUCCCUGCGCUGCGGGGGAAGAGCCCCGCGUGCUCCCGCUGGGCUGGAAGAGUGUCCGGCUGAAGCGCAACCUCUUGGCGCGGCAGCAGAGCCAGGCAAGGAAGAGCAAUGGCUCCUUUAUCUGCACAGCCUGUGGGAAGAGCCUGGCCCACCACGCCGCGCUGCUGCGGCACCAGCGCCUGCACACGGGCGAGCGUCCCUUCCAGUGCCCUGCCUGCGGGAAGAGCUUCAAUGAGAAGUCCAACCUCAACAAGCACUACCGCAUCCACACCGGGGAGCGUCCCUAUCGCUGCUCUGCCUGCGGCAAGGGCUUCAUCCAGAAGCACCACCUCCAGAAGCACCAGCGCAUCCAUGGGGUGCAGCUGCGGGGUGGGUGGGCAGGCCGGCCCGCGCGGGCCAGCGCCGCCGGGGAGCGGCUCUACCGCUGCAUCGAGUGCAUGGAGAGCUUCCCCCAGAAAGCAUCGCUGGAGGAGCACCAGCGCCGGCACACCCAGCAGCGGCCCUUCCAGUGCAACGGCUGCAGCAAGAGUUUCCGGCACCGGCAGUCUCUGAAUCACCACCAGAAGGUCCACGCCAUUGCCAGCUCUCCUGCCGUCAGCUUGCCAAACCAUGACCGGGAGCUGGAGACCAGCCCCUGCAAGGCUUUGACCCAGGAUAAUCGGUAGCGUGAGGGCUGGAGAAGGGAAGGGGCAGUUUCUCCAGGCUGUUCCGCAGAAGUGCAGCAGCCUGCGACGAGGGGACACACCAGGCAGCUGGUGUCGCACCGCUGCGGGGCUGUCCGCAGUGCUGUGGGGCUCGCGGCACCACCGCGGCGCACUCUGCACU